AUGGCUGUUGAGGCUGUAAACGAGCCACAGAAGACCCUCAGCAACAAUAUGUCUGUCCGAAAGUCAAAGAACAUUGAGCAGAACUCGGAUGCUCUUUAUGACUUGGUCGAAAACUUAAAAGCCACCUUAAAGUUAUUAGUGGAUCAAGAAUCACCAAAGGAAAAGGAUGAAUUUGGUCAACCCUUAAUCUUAGAAGUAGGAUUAUGUUCUUUGGUCGAUGAAUACCAUUCAGAAGCAGAAGAUGAUGACUAA